AACUUAUUUUCUAAAAAUAUUUCUCUCACUAGCCGAAACUUCUUUUUUAAUCUAAAAACCCUAAUCUCCAUUGAAAUUUUUUCAUUCCUUUUUCUUCAAACGACCUGCAUUUGCUUUGCAUUUGGCGCCAAAAAUGACAAUGAUGAGCAACGAAGAGGAGAAAAGGUGUCCUCUUUGUGCCGAAGAAAUGGACUGGACUGAUCAGCAAUUUAAGCCUUGCAAAUGCGGUUAUCAGGUGUGUGUUUGGUGUUGGCAUCACAUAAUGGACAUAGCCGAGAAAGAUGUGUCUGAGGGACGAUGUCCUGCAUGUCGAACCAAAUAUGAAAAGGAUAAAGUUGUAGCAAUGCAAGCAAAUUUUGAAAGGGCAGGGAACACCAAUGUGAAUCGGAAAAGUAAACCACCAAAGGCAAAGCCAAAAGCUAAUGAAGUCAGGAAGGAUCUUGCAAAUGUUCGGGUCAUUCAACGUAAAAUGGCAUAUGUGACUGGGCUGCCUCUUGGUAUUGCGGAUGAAGAUCUCUUACAACGGAAGGAAUAUUUUGGGCAAUAUGGGAAAAUUUCUAAAGUUUCUCUAUCUAGGACUGCCGGUGGUUCAAUCCAGCUAUUUACCAAUGAUACUUGUAGUGUAUAUAUUACAUAUUCUAAAGAGGAAGAGGCCAUACAGUGUAUUCAAUCUGUACAUGGUUUUGUCCUGGAAGGAAUGUAUUUGAGAGCAUCGUUUGGGACUGCAAAAUAUUGUCAUGCUUGGUUGAGAAACACGCCUUGCAAUAAUCCUUCUUGUCUAUAUUUGCAUAGCCUUGGCGCUGAUGAAGAUAGUUUUGGUAAAGAUGAGGUAGCUGCAAUUCAUACAAGGAGUAGAGUCCAACAAAUUGUUGGUGCCUCUAGUAGCGCAAUGAAGCGCUCAGGAAAUGUCUUGCCACCUCCAAUUAAUGAAUUAUCCUGUUCUAGCUUUACUUCUAUGGAGAGUUCUACCAUUCAAAAUGCAGGUGCAGCCAGUGAUAUAGUGAAUCACAAUAGCUAUAUGGCUCGUGUCAUCCCUUAUAGUGAUAAAGAUGAAGAUGCUGGUGACACCAAUAGAAUGUCAACUUCUGUAGAUGUUGGACUGUGUAAUAGUUCUGGUGCAGAGAAAGAUGGAAAUUACAGUGAGGACAGUAACAUUUUGGAUUUGUGUUCCAAUAGAUCUCCCGUAACAAUUAACAAAGAUAAUCAUGCUCAAGAGCCAUAUUCUGAUACAUUGCUUUCUGAAGUUCCAUCUUCUAACCACCUUGUCAAUCAUCUGCCAAGGGAUCAAAAUUCUAUAGAAAUUUCAGAUGAACCAUUCAGAGAAGACUCUAUAUCUUUUGAUGGUCAACCAUCGAAGGAUUCAAAUAGUAUUAGUCAAAGGGCAUUCCUUAUGUCCUCUCAUUCUGCUAAAUGCACAGGGGAUUCUGGUGGUCAUUCGCUAAUGCAUAGGAGGACAUGUAGUCUGAGUAAUAAUGGCACGGAGCAUAGAUCUUUACAUAAUGAAGCGGAAGAAGCUUCUCCACCACUUUCAUGUAAAAAUUCGACACUAAUUGAUGGAUUACAUGAUUUGAAAUUUCAAAGUUCUGUCAAAUCUGAUACUAUUUAUAGAGGUUCUAACUCAUUCUCCAAUGAAGAAAUAGUAGAGCACCUGCGAAGGACUGAAAAUGAUUGUUUGAAUAAUUAUGAUGAAAGUUCUGCAUUCAGUCCUGUGAAGAACAGUAUAAUUUCGAACAUUUUAGCUAUGGACUUUGGUUCACGUGAUGAUUCCCUGACCUUGCGUCACAGUUUAACUGGCUUGUGUAAUGAAUCUAAUGGGCAGCAUGAUUCCUGGAAAUUCUUACACAGUGGUCAAGGGUUGUCAUUUAUGAAGCAAGAUGGAUCUUCAAGUCAAAGGGCUGAUUUGAGUUCUUCUUCUAGUAAUAUCAGUCUGAUAUCAAAUCAGUCAUCCAUCCUUCAUGACUUCCGAGAAAAUAAAGAGCAGCAUAUGCUUGAUUCUCAGUAUCAGAUCUCGAGACCAAAAGGUAUGGCACCACCCAGGUUCUCAAUAUCCUCUAGGGACCUGCCUCCUGGUUUUCCAUUGUCUGAUGAAAUUGGUGGAUUCCCCCGUACUCUCUCUGGAAGUCAAUUAGUAAAUAGUUCAUCAAGUUUGAAUCACCACCCUCCAUCAAUUAGAAGCUUUAGCAGUGCAGGUGACACUGAUUUUGUUGACCCUGCCAUAUUCAGCUGUGGUAAAGGCAAGCCAACAAAUGGUUUCAGUAUCUCAGGUCCGGAAAUUGGGUCACAGAGGAGAGCUUUGGAAGAUGAGGCAAGACUCUGGCUUCUGAUGCAACAAAAAUAUGCUGAUCAAGAUGGGAAAUUCUCUCAUGUUCGUGCUUCACAAACUCCAUCUGCAUAUCAGGACCAGAGGUUUCAUGGUGCAGAUGAAUAUGCUGGCACGAACAAUGUAUAUGGAUUUUCACCUAGGCUGGUGGAUCAAGGCCAAAGCUUAGAUCAAUCUUUGUACACACAUUUCUCCCAGCUGAAGUUUGCUAAUGGCCCCAUUUCUAACGGCUAUCAGCAUGACGUCUUGGGAAAUUUCCAAUGUAGGAAUGAGGUGGACGGGAUGGCAGAUCUUCAGAGAAAUGAGAAAUUAGGUUUCAACAAAUACUAUACUGGGUAUGGAAAUCAAACAUUCCAGGGGUCCGGGUCAGGUGAUGUAUUUGCCAGGGUGUUUGGGAUGUAAAUUCUCAUUUCUCUGAAAAAUGAAACUGUCAUAGUUACUUUAUUGCUAUGUAGUGUGAGGAAAUUAUAAAUAUGUUACUAUUUAAUACUA